AUGUAUGUUCCCCUGGAUUUGACACGACCAAAUAUCAAACCUAUUGCGUUUGGCCACAUACUUGCCACCAACAUAUACCCCGUUCAUGCUACGGAUCACAAUGCAAUUUUCCGCUUAAGUGAAGAGGACUACUCAUUUAAUUACCUUGAUUCUACAUACCGGGGAGACAUUGGAAUACGGAUCUCAAGAACCCCACUAUCUCCACAAGAUCCUUCGACAUAUGCCGCAUUAUCAAAAUAUACUGAAUAUUACUUGAGAAGAUUACAUUCCAGUAUAGGAGCAUUGCCUGCUAACCAGUUAGAAAAGGCACCUCUGAAAGUACCAAAAGACCUGGUUGUUUCUCAUUCAGAUGGUAAGACAGAAUUACUGAUGAUUGGAUCUAUGAUUAAUCCUUUAUCCUCGGAUAAAUUCAAGCCGGUUCAUUUAACUCCAGGAUGCCACUCGCUGAUUGUAACAUAUGAGCGAGAGCAACAUAACAACCAAACUAAUACCCUCAAUAAGCUUUUUGGGAAAACAGGUAAACAUGAAAAACAUUCAUACCACCACGUUGAUCAGUCCGACUUGAAGUUACCGAAAUCUAACCUGAAUAGGAAUACCUCAACAUUUGUGGAGAGGAUUACAACUUGUGAUAAUUAUAUCAAGAAGCUGAAUAAUGCACGCUCAAUCUUGAUUUCGGCACAUGGUAGAGUGUUUAGUGUGCUGGCGCUGGAUGAUGACCCAAAGCAGAUUGAUAUAGAUCCUGUUUGCCUGAGAGUAACAGUCAGUACGAGUGUCAUAACUAGUAUGAGUGCGUUUAAGCAAUACAGACUAAACUCAGACAAAAGUUUAGAUGUGCUGUUUGGCUUUGCAUCAGGUGAUAUUCUAUGGCUGAAUCCACUGAAAAUGAAGUAUUCUAGAUGGAAUAAAAAAGGAUCAUUUAAAAAGGAAAUAAUAACGUCUAUUGAAUGGUCAACCUGUGGGAACUAUGGUUAUGUUGGUUUUGCUGAUGGCGAUCUGCUAAUAUUCAACAGAGAUUAUGAAGAUAACGACCUUGUUUAUGCACCUAAAGUUCACUCUAGGAAAAAAAACCUGAAGAUAUACCACUCAUUGAACACAAGUCCAUGCAACCACCUUGUGGGGCACUACAAAUUAGCUAAAAAGCCAAUUACAAGUAUAAAAUCACACCCCACAUACAACAAUAUCAUUGUGAUUACUUCUGAUGAUGGGUUUACACGAGUAUUUGAUUUAUUGACAGAGUCAAUAACUGAUAUUGUUCCCUCUUACUAUGGUGGGGUUUUAACCUCCGAAUUUUCCCCUGACGGGAAGUAUUUAUUUCUCGGAGGUGAAGAUGAUAUUGUUUCUGUCUAUUCGUUUCAAUCCAUGCAUAUAUUUGGCAUGUCUAAUGAAAGAGGAUUAUUAAGACUCGUCUCUAGGUUACAAGGCGCAAAAUCGUGGGUGAGAGGAAUUGUUGUCAGACAACAGGCAUUUUCUAGCUCAUUGAGUUACACUGUUGGAGCUGCGAGUGAUGAUGGGUAUAUUCGAUUCUACGAGUUUCAACCCAGAAGUUCCAGGAAGGCCAAAAAACACCAUACAGUAAUGACAAAUCACAUGGGCACCCCGAAAUCUCCUGCACAGAAAGCGCUUUCUGCUCUUUCGAUUGAGCGGUCUGGCAGUCUUGAAUCGAGACAUAGAAAGUUAACGCCAAGGGCAAGUACCAACCAUUCACUGAGCCCGGCACCCAAUCGUCUCUCGCUAAGAGAAUUGAUCAAUUCCGGUGCUUCUUCAACAUCACUAGUACGUAGCCAGAACCACUCUUCGAAACAAAUGAAGCUGGGAGAUGGUGUCCUAAUGUGUCCGGUCCAGAUCAACGACAAAGCCAAUGAUUCACUAGUUUCUCAUCAUGUGAUGUUUAAAGAGAAGAAAUUGAACCACAAUAUCCUUUUCUCAGAGGUCAGGGACACAUACAUUCACAAUACUGUAGGGAUGGAAUCAGUAACGAAAACUCUUCCUGUCUCGGAGAAGAACGUCAACUUGGGGAGAUUAAGUGGUCUUUACAUUGAAGACCAUUACAUUUGGGCGUUUGUUGCAGGUGGUGACUUGAUUAGGUUCAAGAAAUACAGCAGCUAG